AUGAUAAUGUCAUUAAUGCCUGAUUCUAAAUUUCAAUGUGCCAAUACAACCUGUUUACCAUUCAUUAGUGUUAUUACAUCAAACAUUAAGAAUUGUCAAAUAGCCUGUUUGACUCAAAGUCAAUGCACAGCAGCAACUUUUUAUCAAUCAACUUCUAAUUGUGAAUUGUUUCAUAAUAUGUUGAACCAAAACGGAAAUAUGUUGGUUGAUGUGGAUACUACUACUAUGAAUGUUAUUAGUGGAGCACAUUUUCCAGCGGAAUGGACAAUCACAGGAAACCUGAGUGUCGCCCGAUAUUCUCACACAGCAACCGUGUUAGCAAAUGGAUCAGUAUUAGUUACUGGUGGAUAUACCGGUAGUACUUAUCUCAGUAGUGCUGAAUUGUACAAUCCAUCAACAGGCACUUGGACAUCCACAGGAAGCAUGAA